AUGCCUGUUGGCUCUACAAAGCGAUUAACGAAACUUCCUGCAAAUGGACAUAUAACGAGGGACGCACUCACACACCUGAUUGCAGACGCCCUUCUCCAGAUGCGCCCUGAUAAUAUGGCCAGUCAUGUAGAGAGUAACUAUGACAGAAAUCUGGAUGAUGUGAUAAAUCUUCUUCCAGACUUAGGUCGAGGACUGGAUGUCAACGUUAGAUUUCGCCACGUCACUGACUUCGAGUUCACCCCAGCACUGUCUUUGUUCGAUCUACUGCGUGUCAAUUUGUACCACGGAUGGCUCCCUGAUCCCCAAUUUGUGGAAAUUAGAAAGGCUGUUGGAGAUCUGACCUACAAUCAGCUUGUGGAGCAAAUAUGUGACGAACGAAAUCAUAAUCGAUUGUUACUACAAGAGUUUUUGGACGAAAAUGUUACACAACUGACUUAUCAUGGAUUAAUUGGCCUCAUGGAAGCGAUG